CGCCUUCUUCUCACUCGCUCGCUGCUCCUCGCCUCUUGACUCCUCGACUUCUCGCCUCUGUAUUCUCGCCCCUCCGUUCGCGCCCGUCACCAUGCCGCUCUACGAGCUCUUCUGCGUCGCUGCCUGUGCUCCCAAGUCUGCGCCAUUACAAGAUCUGGUGCGCGGCACCUCGUCGCUCAUCCUGCAGAACGGCGGCGCAGUGCGGGGCAUGCAGAACUGGGGGCGGCGAGCACUGCCGCAGCGCGCGCGGCGGCAUCAGCUGUGGCACACCGAGGGCGACCACUUCCUGCUGCACUUCGACACCAACCCACGCGUCCUCGCUACUCUCACGGCACGGCUACGAGCCGACCCGCGCGUGAUCAAGUACACGGCGCUCAAGCUGGGCGAGAAGCUCGACGAGAUCACACCCAAGGCCGAGCUGGCUGGCUCGUACGGCCUCCUGGAGUCGGCCGUGCCGUCGGGCGGCACCAUCAACCCGCCGCGGAGUUCUCAGUGAGAUGUGAUUUUGUGCGCAAA